AUGUAAGUUUAAUAAUAAUAUGUGAUUAGCAAAAUAAAAAUAGAUUUCAGUAAUUUCAAACUAUAAGUUGAGAAUAUUAAAAGAUAUGGUUAUGAUGUUAGCCAUUUGGAUUAUUUUAUCACAAACAUUCAAUAAAUAUAAUACGAACUACAUCAAAUGGAUGAGAAGGACCUGGAUCCUGAAAUUGCAGUUUAGAUUCAUGAAAUGCAUGAAGAAAUGGACUAAUAAAAAAAAAUGUUGGAAGAAAUGAAAUCGAAUUUUGCAAGAAACAACUAACUUCAAUAACCCAAUAAUUAUUAAGUAAAUCAAAUUGAAGAAAUUAGAUUAUUGAAAAUAUCAAACGAAACAAUGUCUGGGCUUCUCAGAUAGUUAAAAGAGAAUUAAGAAAAAUAAGAUAAGAAAUUACAAAAACUAUAAGAAUAAUAUUAGGAUCUAUCACAAUAAAAUAAUGACUUAUCACUUCAAGUGUAAUAAUUAAACAAUCAAUUGAUGUAAAAUAAAACUUAAAAUGAAGAAAAAACCUUAAAGAUCAAUAAAUUAGAGACUUAGAUUUUGUAAAUGCAACAAAAGAUGAGUAACAAUAAUUAGCUACUCUAACAAUAGGCGAUUUAAUCUCUGUAAAAUUAAAUUGGAAAUAUAAAUACUUAAUUAGCACAUAUUUCAGAAUAUUAAUCUAUUCAAAACUCUAAAAAUAUUAACACUUGA